UCUGCGCAUGCGUAGUGGCGUCUUUUUUUUCCGUGGCGUAUGACGAGUUCCGUAAAGUCGUAACUGUUUUAGACUGAAACACCUGGUUUUGUCGUUGCCCUAAAACAUCGUUUACGUUUGUAUUUUUUUUCGUAUUGUUCCCGUGUCAUGAGGUUGUAGGUAAGCUAUCUAGUAAGUUAAUUUAAUCGCGCUGAGCCGUGUGCCAUUUAGUUGCUAAUAGCUAAUAGCAGCUACUGUAGCUAAGAAACUUUGACAGUUAGGGAGUUAGCAAGGCGCUAACUAUAUAUUUAUUAGCAAACUUAGCUAGUAUGAGCUGCUGUUUGUGAAAAUAUCCAUUUAAGUUCGAGUAUCAGAAAGUUGGACCUCUUGCUUUUCACUUAGACUAGUUUAUUGAAAGAGUGUCAGCUUUAAAUCUACAUGCCAAAUGGCCAAGAAGACCUAUGAUUUGCUCUUUAAACUUCUGCUUAUUGGAGAUUCAGGAGUUGGCAAAACCUGUGUGUUGUUUCGGUUUUCGGAUGACGCGUUUAACACCACGUUUAUCUCAACAAUCGGAAUAGAUUUUAAAAUCAAGACACUUGAACUAAAUGGCAAGAGGAUCAAACUUCAAAUAUGGGAUACAGCUGGACAGGAGCGCUUUCACACCAUCACAACCUCUUACUACAGAGGAGCCAUGGGGAUCCUGCUGGUGUAUGACAUUACCAACGCUAAAAGCUUUGAGAACAUCAGCAAAUGGCUACGAAACAUAGAGGAGCAUGCAAAUGAGGAUGUGGAAAGAAUGCUGCUUGGUAACAAGUGCGAUAUGGAGAACAUGCGUGUGGUGCCUAAAGCAAAGGGAGAACAGAUUGCUGCAGAGCACAACAUCCGCUUCUUUGAAACGAGCGCAAAAGCGAACAUCAACAUUGAGAAAGCAUUUCUCAUGCUUGCUGAGGACAUUUUGCAAAAGACCCCUGGAAAGGAGCCGACUAACGAAAACGUCGAUAUAAACAACAAAAGCAGCUCUGCAGGAGGGCUCAGGUGUUGCAGUUGAAUAGAGGUUUCACUGCUUUGCUUCCAAAAACCCUCACACCAUUUACAAUGCACAAGAUACGAUCUCUUACAACUAGGUUAACCUAAAUGCCCGUUAUGCUGGACAAGACCUUUACCUUUCACUGUACUUUAACUAUCCAACCCAUGUAAAAACCCAACCUAAAACCUCCCAUUAUUUCCCUUAAAAAUAUUCAAUCAAUCAGGACUUUUGUUACUUUUAGUGACAGCACUGUGUACAGGGAAACCUCGUGAAAUAAUUCCACACUUAUUGAGAAAUACAAAAGGGACACGUACAGUAACACUUUUAACAUUCAGUGAUGCUGAAUUCUGAUUGUGCCUUAAUGCUGACUAGAAAUUCCAGAGCUUAGUUUAUCGCACAGUUCUUAGAAAGUGUUUGAAUUACUGAACUGUGAAUGAGUGUUUUGUGACACUUCCCCUUAGAACAUUCAAGGUUGUGCCUUAUGACCCGCUGCAACGAAUUCAAACUGUCAAAGACUGUUCUGUUAUUCCAGUGUCAUGUUUUCACACAGCCAGUGCAUGCACAAUACCUGUAAAGGUACAGUACAGACUGGCUUUUAUCAUCAUGCUCUUUAUUGUAUAAAUAACAUACAUGGCAGUUAGCCUAAAGAGUCAGUGUAAGUUAUCACAUUAAAAAAAACACUUUAGCCCUAAUUGUUUGGUUCCUAAGUACCGAGUUAUUUUCCUUUAAGGAUGAGUUAUAAGUAACUGUAUGCACUUGUUUAACGAACAAAUGCUGCUCAGUCCCACUUUUGUUUGAUCUGUCAGAUUCUGCACUUUAGGGGCUAUAUGCUGAACAUGUCAGUCCCAGAUGCAAAGGUCUUUAUGGGAUAUGUGAGAUUUUAGGCUUAUGAAACGAUCAAUGCCUAUUACCAUGUUUAUUUAAAUUGCUGCUCUUUGGGUUUUUUGUUCCUUUCUAGGAAGUUGGAGCGUGAAGCAUGUUUCACUUCCGUGUCCUUUCCAGCAUUAAUUUUUAAUUAGAAUUUAAUAGACAAUUGCUAUGAGGUUGCACAGGACAUUUUUGGUGAUGGUGUGGGGACGUUCUCAGUACACUCGUAUUUCCAAGCAGUGAUUUAUGUAUACUAACCGUACAGGUAUUUCAACAUGUAAAAUCUUUUUUAGUUAGUGAAAUUUUUUUUCACCUUUUAACUAAACUUUUGGGUGGAUUUUUCUACAUUUCUUCUUAAUAUUUCUCCCAAACAGGCAUUACUACAAUUCAGUAAGUGUUGACUGGUGCAUCUUGGCUUUCUCUUUAAAUCUAAAUAACAGCUUUAUUAUAAUAACUUCUUACUUAUAUAUUUAGCACUUUUUUUACUGAGGAAUUUAAGUACACUAGUUCAUAGCAAGAUGACUUGAAAACUAGUUGUGAAGGUGGACAUUGGCUGCUCUGAAACAAAACAUGGGAUCAAACACUAUGGCUUGGCUAGUAAAUUACAUACACGUAGUGUUUUAAAGGUCUAAACUGAGGAUGGCCAGUGUCCACCUUUAUGACCUUGAACUGACCUUGGUUUACAUUUGAAUAAUUGAUCCUGUAAUAAUGGAAAGUCGUUGAAUAAAAUGUUUCUUGAACUAGAUGACUUAAUAGCAUGGCCUUUACUGCUGACAGAAUUGUGUGUAGUUAAAAUUUAUGGGUAUUGGAUGGUAGUGCAAUAAACUUACUUUUCAAAAACA